AUGGAUCUGGAGCGCGACUCGCUCUCGGGAAAACCGCCGCUGGAAAACGAGCAGGAUGUGCAAGAUGCCACCGACCUGGCGGCGAUGGGCCACGCCCAGGCACUGACCCGGAAAUUCGAUACCUGGAGCAUGCUGGCUCUAGCAUUCUGUGUUCUUGGAACAUACUCUACUUUCGCCCAAGACUUGAGUAGCGGCCUCACCAAUGGCGGCCCAAUCACCAUCCUCUGGGGCCUGGUCCUCGUCACAGCCUGCAAUCUGUGCGUGGCGGUCUCGCUCGGCGAACUGACGAGCAGUAUGCCCACGGCACUCGGACAGGCGUACUGGGUAUACCGUCUGUGGAGCACGCCGCUAGGCCGCUUUGUGUCGUACAUGUGUGCUUGGAUCAACACGUUCGGAUGGUGGUGCUUGACCGCGUCACAGAUUGCGUUCAUGUCGGAGUUCCUGCUCAGCACGAAGACCAUGUUCGAGCCGGACUGGGAUGGGGUCAAUAAGGGAUGGUUGAACUUCGUUGUGUACAUCGGCGUUGUGUUCGUCAUGACGCUGAUCAAUGUGGUCAGCUGUCGGAAGGAGCAGAUUCUGCCUUGGUUCAACAACUUUGUUGGUGUCUGGUUCGGUGGGUUGUUCAUCGUGUUAUCGCUGGUGAUGUUGAUCUGUGUUGGCGCAAAGAGUAACUUGCACUUCCAGCCUGCUUCGUUCGUGUUCGGAGCGUGGAUUAACACAACGGGCUGGAGUGACGGGGUGGUCUGGUUCACGGGUCUGGUACAAGCCGCCUAUGGACUCACAGCGUUUGACUCGGUGAUCCACAUGGUCGAGGAGAUUCCGAACCCUCGCAAGAACGCCCCCCGAGUCAUCUGGAUGGCCGUGACGUUUGGAGCCGUGACCGGUUUCCUUUUCAUGGUCGUCUGCCUAGGAUGUAUCCAGAACGUCGACAAGGUGACCAAUGCCAACCAGCCCUUCAUCGAGCUGAUUCUGGAAACAGUCGGCCAGAAGGGCGGAGUGACGCUCAUUGCCCUCUUCAUCUUCAACGGCCUCGGUCAAGGGGUCAGUGUCUUGACAACCGCGUCUCGCCUCACCUGGGGCUUCGCCCGAGACGGCGGACUCCCUUGGAGCCAGUACUUCAGUCAUGUCGACCCCGUGUGGCAAGUGCCCGCCCGCGCUCUCUGGGGCCAGGGCGUCAUCAUCGGCAUCGUGGGCGUCCUGUACCUGUUCGCGAACACCGUUCUCGAAGCGAUUCUGAGUGUGAGCACGAUUGCGCUCACCAUCUCUUACGCUAUGCCUAUCCUGGCACUUCUCGUUGUUGGCCGGGAUAAGCUGCCCGCCGGCGGUUCGUUCAAGCUUGGUCGCUGGGGCUCAUGGUACAACUGGGUCAGUAUCAUUUACUGUGUUAUCACGACGAUCUUCUUCCUCUUCCCUGGCUCGCCGAACCCGUCGCCGGCGGAUAUGAACUACGCCAUUGCCGUGUUCGGCGUGAUGCUUGUCAUUGCGCUAGCCUUCUGGUUUAUCCAGGGAAGGAAGACAUAUCUGCAGACGGAGGAUGCGCUGGCCCAGAUGGUUUAUGCACAGUAUCUGGAGAACGCAGAGUCUGCACGCGCCGCGUCGUCUGUUGUCUCGACUGAGUGA